UCAUUUCCUUCACGUUGAAGGUGUCACGCGCUAAACUGUCCGGCCGCAAUUAACAGCAAUGGACACCAGACCGAGCGCAGUCAGAGGAGGCAGUUGGAGAAGGGGCGGCAGAGGCGGAAGCAACGGCGAAAGUGUCGGUGGUGAGCAGCGGGGCAGAGGGAGAGGAGGCCACCACCGCGGCCGGGGUAAAAGAGACCACUACCGCGGUCGUGGACGCGGCGGGAGCGGCCCCUCGGCGGACUUCCAACACCGGGACAAAGGAGAAGAUGAAGGAGACAACUUUCAGGAGGAAGGUGACAGGAAGGAGGUUUUCUCCAGGAGGAAACUGGCGUCAAACUGGGACCGUUAUGAGGCAUCAGAGAGGGAGGAGCCUGAUGAAGACACGCCCACUCAGAGAGGAACAGACUACCACGUCCUGCUGGAGUCCGCAGGGGAUUGCUUCACUCAAUUCCGGUUUUCCGAAGAAAAGGAAUGGGAGAUGGACUCUGCAGCCAGUCAGAUGUCUGCAGUGUUCGUGGACCUCCCGGCGCUCGCCGAGAUCCUUCAGCAAGUGCCUCUCCACCAGAGACUCAACCUGGAGGCCGAGCUGCUUCAGAUCUCGACGCCAUUAGAGCUGCCCGGUCUGACGCUCCCAGUCAAGCAGGCGAUGGCCAAAACAGCCACGUUCACGCUUCCGUCGGCAGCUUUAAAAAUAGUGUCGAGCUCCGACCCUCCAGUGUCCUCCAGUGCUGCAGAACCUCCGGUGGAUGAUGAUGAGGAGCUGGACCAGCUGCUCAGUUUACAGAAACCAGUCUGGCAUGAUUCAGGCGGCCAAUCAGUCAGCGUCGCUCCAAAGAGAGCGUGUGAGCAAGUGCAGGAGAAGGUCCCUGUGUUGACAGAGGAGAAAACGGAUGAGGUGAAAAAUAAAGAUGUCAACCCUCGUGAGUCUGCUUCGGUCAGGCAGGAAAUGACUGAGGAAGACUUGGAGGACUGGCUCGACAGCAUGAUCUCCUGACCGUCAGGAAAACUGGUCUUCUUCAGGUCACUCCUACUACUGUAGGAGAAAUGUGUUGUUGCACUUCAACUGUCACUCAUUUUUUGUUACACGCUGCAGGAUUGUUGUAGUUUGAGGAAUCAGCUGCAAAAAGGAUGGAGAUAUAUUGAACUGUUGCUUAAUUGCGCCAAUCACUUUAUUCCGCUUCAUCAAUAAUUGCAGUUUACCAAAGCUACUAAUACAUACAAAUAGCCAAACAAUAGCAGUGAUUUUGUCUUGACUAGGACUUGUUUUUUUUUGUAUUUAGGGUCCGUGCGGGUGAGCAAGACACUGCUUACACAACCAAACUAAGCUACAUGUACACGUGUCAUCUUUUUUUAUACAAAUCUUCUCCUUAUAUAAUUUAACAGCUGCAAAACUAUCUUGAGCUACAUCUGCUUAGUACUAAUCCGGAGCAACAGCACUGCUUGUGUCGGGAGGGAAAAAAGUGAUGAACGUUUUGCAUAGUUUCUCAUAAGGCACUUGAUAACACCUAAAGCGAGUCGUCUCUGGUCCUGGAAGAACCGUAUUCUGUGACUCCUGACAGAUUUUAAAAAGGCAGAUUAGGUUUCACUCAUAUCUGAGAAGUGUACUCGAUUGAUGCUGGCGGCACACAUCCAGUCAGUAGGUUGGAUAAAACAUGACGUUGUGCAUACUCACACAUUCAUUUGGCAUGCUCGUGACUCUUCUCCUGUGUCAGAUCUCUACACACGUUUUGUACCACCGGCUGGGGUUACGCAAGUGAAAAGGCAAUGUGAAUCAACAGAAGACUUUGCAUAUAACAGGCGUUUCUGGCAAAGAGGACUCUGAUGCACAAACCUGAAAGGUCCAUCAGUCAAUUGUCCAAAAAUUAUUUUCAUUUUUUUGUGUAUCACCAUGGAAGCAGACAAAGUCCAGAGAGUGGUAGAGUUCACUAUCCCUUUCAAAUAGAAGGUAAGUAGAGGCAACACAAAAAUGCCCCUCGCUAACCCAGCUGGUCCUCGUAUUGUUUACGGAAACAGUCCCCAGUGGGGAAGAAGUCCCAGCAUCUCUCCUGGUACAACUUCCACACGUACGACUCCUGCAGGGGAAAGAAAAACAUUAUCAUUUACUGUCCUCAGUCACAGCACCAGAACUGUCAAAUAAAAUCUAGUAUGAAAAAAGUAA